AUGAAUAAAUCUAUAUAUUUAAUAUUUAUUAUUUUCGUAGUAAUUGGAGAAGUGAUUGGUCAAGUUUCACCUCCAUUUUUUGAACAAAAUCGUGUUUUCAAUUUAAAUUAUGGUGUUGAUAAAUUCAAACAAGUCCAAACCACUAAAAAUGGUGCAACAUUUUUCAACUCUAGACAAGCCAUCACUUUUAACAUUCCACCUAACAGCAACACAGUCAACACAUCGAUUCCGCUAGUAGGAAACGUAUUUAACAUCACCAGUAGCAAGGAAACUUUCUACACAUCAACAUCCAUCAACGAUCUUGUCUAUGCUUUCGGUAAGAAUACUAUCUACCUGUUAGACCCAUCACAAAACAUUCUUGCAACUGCAGCACACACAUUCAGUAGCAUUAAAAAUUCUUUUACCUAUGGAUCAAAUAUCUAUUUCAUUGUUACUUCGCCAUCCAAUCAAUUUGUAUAUUUUAAUCACGACAAUAGUUUCCUUCAAAAUAACACUGUCUUUACACCAACCUAUCAAUACAUUAAUAUGACUGGAAGUUUAACAUUCUGGUCAACAUCGAUUGCUCUUGGUAUUGAUCAAUCUAAAGGAUUGGUAUUCUUAGGUGAUUACAAUGGUAACAUUGCUAGCUUUAACUUGAAAACAAAUACACAAUUAAAUACUUUCACAAAUACUACUGUUUCAAAUAGAUUAACUGCUGCUGUUAAUACAGAUAAGAAUUUAAUCUAUUUCAUUUGUGGUAGCUUUUCUAUCACUAUGGAUGUAUUCUCCUACUCUAAUAUCUCUGUUGGUAGUCUAAUUCCAGUCGGAACCUACAAGAUCACCAAUUUCGGUGGCUCCCUCCAAGGUGGAUAUGAUUCAAGUAUUGGUGAGGUGUUCUUUACUGGAAAUGAGAAGAACCAAUACGGUCUUGCCCUUUUAGCCAUUGGAUCCAACGGAAACAAUCAAUCUUACCUUGAUUUCAACUCUUCAAGUUCAAGUAUUGAGACUAGUUCGAUCGGUUUACAAGUAGGUAGCCAAUUCCUUACCAUCUAUACUGGAGAUGAAGUCAUCCAAGUUUCCUACGAUACCGGUUGUCCAUUGGAUUGCAACAAUCGUGGUAAUUGCUUCUCUGGUACUUGCAACUGCAAUGAAGGUUAUUCCGGUAACUCUUGUGAGUUGAAGCUCUGUACUUCUUUGAACAACUGCUCGGGACACGGAACUUGCAAUACAACCAACGGAACUUGCAAUUGUCAAGGAUUGUGGAUGGGUAAUCCAUCAUGUAGUGAGCUCUCAUGCUACAUGAACUGUUACAAUCAUGGUAGCUGCAAUACCACAGACUUAACUUGUACAUGUGAUAGUGGAUACAAUGGUGUUCAUUGUCAAUAUACAACAAAUACAACAACAACUACGACUACUUCGACCUCAACAACUGGUGUUCCAACAACAACAUCCACAACAUCAACUACAACAACCGGUGGUGAUACAACAUCGUCUACUACUACUACUACUGGUACCACUACUGCUACUACUGGUAUGAGUGCCAAUUCUACUGGUGUUAUUACAACCGAAGAACAAACAACAUCUCCAUCGAUCACCACCACUGGCGACAAUAGCUCCACAAAGAUUUCAAUCAAUUACAUUCUCAUUUUCGUACUUUCACUUAUCUGUUUAUUCUCCUCCAAUCCAAACGACUUAAUAAAUUUAUUAUCAUAG